ACGCCCAUGGGUUCGGCUGCCUCCUCCUCCUCUUUUCUCCCAGCCUGGGUGCACUUCGGCCUCUUUGCCCCAGCCUGUUCUCUGCCGGCUCAGGUGCACCAUUAGGCCUGCAUAUUCAUUCCAUUAAUCUCAGGGCUUCUCCUGCCCUCCCAUCUUGUUCCUGCAAGGCCUGCUGGUGGCUCCUUCUCCCUCAGGGUGCACCGCAGGUGCAGAAGACACGGGCACCUGCACUGCCCAAGAGGGUGACAAUUUGACACCAUGGCUGGAGGUGAUAAGAGCAUGAAGGCCCUGAGGGAGGUGUGGAGAAGAGCAGAAAACUCAUUGUGUGCAGACUGCGGGAAGCCGGAUCCUGACUGGGCAUCCUCUACCUUGGGUGUCUUUAUAUGCCUUAGCUGCUCAGGAAUUCACCGGAACAUCCCUAGCAUCAGCAAAGUCAAAUCCCUGAAGAUGGACCACUGGGAUGAUGCUCAGGUGCAGUUUCUGGCCAAGCAUGGGAAUGCUGUGACUAAGGCCAUGUAUGAAGCUCACAUCCCUAUUUACUAUUACCAGCCAACCUACAAUGACUGCCAGGUGCUGAGAGAACAGUGGAUACGGGCCAAAUACGAACGGAAAGAGUUCACUGAGCUUGGAAAACAGCUACUGUACACAGAUGGGGUGAAGGAAGGCAUCCUCUGGAAGCGAGGUCGAGACAGUGGGCAGUUCCAACCCCGCAAGUUCCUGUUGUCAGAGAGAGAGGGAUGUCUGAAGUAUUUCACCAAGCAGGAUGCCAAAGAACCCAAAAUCAAUGUCAAAAUAGACGUCAUCAAUGCUACAUUCCAACCAGAGAAGAUUGGGAACCCCAAUGGCUUGCAGAUCACCUAUCUCAAAGACAACAAGACUCGGAAUAUAUUUGUCUACCAUAAAAGUGGAAAGGAGGUGGUGGACUGGUUCAAUGCCAUUCGGUCCGUGCAGUUCCAUUAUCUGAAGGUUGCAUUUCCCAUAGCCAGCGAUAAUGAGAUUAAAAGCCGGCUGACAAGAAACUUCUUGAAGGAAGGAUACAUGGAGAAGACAGGUCCCAAGCAGAGAGAGGCUUUUAAGAAGCGUUGGUUCACACUGGAUCACCGCAGGCUCAUGUACUUCAAGGACCCUUUGGAUGCAUUUGCUAAGGGUGAGGUAUUUGUGGGCAGCAGAGAGAAUGGCUAUAGCGUCCAGAAGGGAUUGCCUUCAGGGACACAAGGCAACUUCUCUUGGCCCUAUGGCAUCACCAUUGUCACGCCUGACCGAGAAUACCUCUUCACCUGCGAGACAGAGGCUGACCAGCUGGACUGGAUCACAGCUUUCACAAGCAUCAUCAACCAGGCCAUGACACCACAGGAAUAUGCCAUUGAAGCCUACUUCAAGUUUAAAUCAUAGGAAGCCGGACAGGAACCUUGCUGUAACUCAACUCUACCUGGUCCUGUUGGGUGGGCUAUCAGAAGAGGAGAGAAGAUUGAUGUCAGAGAAACACAGUGCUAUUGCAGCCUACUCUUUGAAGCACUUUUUUUUUUUUUUUUUUUCUCUCCAAGAACAAUCUUCUUUUUAAGCUGCUUCAAGUCCAAGACUUUGUGAGACUGAAGCCUCAGUGCAAACUGUCAGUGGUAAAUUGCGGUGAUCUGACUGGAUGUUGACAGGCCUUGCCUGUUGAUAGGGCCUCAAAAACUUAGCACUUGCUGUGAUGGACAUGGGACUUAGCAUCACAUUUGCAGAAAACUGCAGGCAGCCUUAUGCAAGAAUGCACAAGGUUUAACCUUGUACAAGAAAACAGCUGCCUUACUGGAGAUAAUGCAGUUGGCUGUAGAGGCUGCUGGACUAGGAGAGACUUUCAUUACAAGAAGUGGCUUCUCUGCUGGUGACAGAGAUGUAAAACAUCUGGUUAUUUAAUCAGCUAGAGCUACAUUUGAAAAAGGUCACGUAAAAGAUUUAAUCUAA